UUUAAGCAUCAAAUUCAAGAAGAUACUUAGAAAGAAAAUGGCAACUGUUUUGGAUAACUGGUUUAGUGUUUUAUUAAGUUUUUUGGUUUUGAUCAAUGUAGCUAACUGUUGGCAAAAUGGUCAUGCAACUUACUAUGGAGAAUACGAAAACCCCACUUCACUUGGAGGAGCUUGUGGUUAUGACAACACAAUGCAUGCUGGAUUUGGUAAAAACACAGCAGCAUUAAGUGGUGCAUUGUUUAGAGGUGGCGAAGCUUGUGGUGCAUGUUAUCAGCUGCGAUGCAAUGCCAGAACUGACCCGCAAUGGUGUCUCAAACGAGCUACUGUGGUGGUUACUGCAACAAACUUUUGUCCUCCAAAUAACCAAGGAGGAUGGUGUGAUCAACCUCGCCAGCAUUUUGAUAUGUCUAGCUCUGCUUUCUUUGGUAUUGCUCGCCGUGGCAAUGAAGGAAUUAUUCCCGUUGUUUACAGAAGGGUGCCAUGUAAAAGGAAAGGCGGAGUACGGUUCACCUUAAAGGGUCAUUCAACUUUCAAUAUGAUCAUGAUAACGAACGUUGCAGGGAGUGGAUCUGUUAAGGCUGCAUGGAUCAAGGGUACAAGAACGAGAUCAUGGAUUCAGAUGCACCGAAAUUGGGGUGCAAACUGGCAAAGCAGCGUUAACCUUACGAAGCAAAAAUUGUCUUUCAAACUCACUCUAUCUGAUGGGAAAACACUAGUUUUAUUCGAUGUUGUUCCUUCUUCGUGGAACUUUGGACAAACUUUCGCUUCCCGAAGACAGUAAAGCUCUCGCAAACUCUCUCCCUCAUAGAAAGAAGCAUUAUAAUAAAUAGCUAGGUAGAGAUGAACAUAAUUUGAUCAA